AUGGAGAAGGUGGCCUUCGGCCAGCCACUCCUCAUCGCCCGCCGCGGGCAUGUGGAGCUCGAGGUGUACUCGUACAACGUCCCGGACGCGAUGGUUGCCGGGUUUUUCGCUGGGGCAGCGGAGGGCGAGUGCGAGGUCUUGGGAGGAGGCGCUGGGCCAGGCCCAGCGGUCGAGGUCUUCAUCGGGGACCUCCCGACCAUCCAGGAGUGCGGCGAGGGCAUGGACGAGAAGUGGUUGCAGCACUGCGACGAGCUUCCUCCCAUCCCCACCUUCCCGACGCUGGAGGUGACGACGGUGCAGAGCUGCGUGGGCUUCGAGGCGAUCGAGGGCACCGCCGAGGUGCCGAGCGUCGCGGGCCCCAGCGACGAGGAGAUGGUGAUCAAGCUGGAGUUCGAAAACGGGGUCGGCGCUGGCGGUGCGGGCCUCAAGGCGGACUCCGAGCGUGUCGAGACGACGGCGGAGGUGCCGACGGUGCUGCACACCAACAUGGGGCAGCUCGCGGUGGGCAGCGCGAGCAGGGACAUGCUGGAGUUCGUGAGCAGGGUCGACGUCAAAGACGUCGAGGACCUUCCAAGGGAGACGAUCAAGCUGGAAGACAAGCUGGACCAUGCUGCUGGGGAGGCCCACCUUCCCGAGGAGACGGUCAAGCUGCAGGACGACAACAUGCCGCGGAACGAGUUCGCGGUCCAGGCGGUGGUCGUGCAGGAGAUGGCCAUGCACGAGGCCCUGGUGGAUGUGGCCGUGCAGGGCGAGGUGCCGAGCGCGGGAGUGCGGCGGAGCUGGGAGGCCACGGUGGAGGCCAACCAGCUGGCACACGCGAGGGCGGCCGCCGCGGCGGCAUGCCGCCACGCCCAGUGGCGGCUUGAACAUGACGAGCUGGAGGGCGUUGCGCUGCACGCCCGCUCCGAGGAGGUGCAGCAGUUCGAGGAGCUGGUCGUUGAGGGCUCCUUCGAG